CUGGCGCUGCGCUCGCUGCCGGUGGACGACUCGGAGGACGGCGGGCCGCGGGCCGUGCCCGGCGCCUGCUUCUCCCGGGUGCGGCCCAGCCCGCUGCAGAACCCGCGGCUGGUGGCCAUGUCGCUGCCGGCGCUGGCCCUGCUGGGGCUGGAGGAGCCGGCGGCCGAGCGGGAGGCGGCGGAGGCCGAGGCGGCGUUGUACUUCAGCGGGAACCGGCUGCUGGCCGGCUCGGAGCCGGCGGCGCACUGCUACUGCGGACACCAGUUCGGCAGCUUCGCCGGGCAGCUGGGCGACGGCGCCGCCAUGUACCUGGGCGAGGUGCUGGGCCCGGGGGGCGAGCGCUGGGAGAUCCAGCUGAAGGGCGCCGGCCUCACCCCCUUCUCCCGACAAGCCGACGGUCGGAAAGUCCUGCGGUCCAGCAUACGGGAGUUCCUGUGCAGCGAGGCUAUGUUUCACCUGGGAAUUCCAACAACGAGGGCUGGAACGUGUGUGACAUCCGACUCAAAAGUCGUCCGUGAUGUAUUUUAUGACGGGAAUCCAAAAAAUGAAAGGUGUACAGUUGUCCUGAGAAUAGCUUCUACGUUUAUAAGAUUUGGUUCUUUUGAAAUUUUUAAACCUCCUGAUGAAUACACAGGACGCAAGGGUCCCAGUGUUAACCGAAAUGAUAUUCGAAUACAGAUGCUUGAUUAUGUGAUCGGCACCUUCUAUCCAGAAAUCCAGGCGGCUUAUUCAGACAACAGUAUUCAGAGGAAUGCUGCUUUCUUCAAAGAGAUAACAAAACGGACAGCGAGACUGGUUGCUGAGUGGCAGUGUGUUGGGUUUUGCCAUGGCGUGCUGAACACAGAUAAUAUGAGCAUAGUUGGACUAACCAUUGACUACGGCCCUUUUGGAUUUAUGGACAGAUAUGACCCUGAGCACAUUUGCAAUGGUUCUGAUAAUACAGGGCGCUACGCUUACAACAAGCAGCCGGAGAUCUGCAAGUGGAACCUGGGGAAACUCGCUGAAGCUCUAGUUCCAGAGCUGCCUUUGGAAAUAAGUGAGCUCAUCCUGGAAGAAGAAUAUGAUGCAGAAUUUGAGAAACAUUAUUUGCAGAAGAUGAGGAAAAAACUAGGCCUAAUCCAGCUGGAAUUAGAAGAAGAUAGUAAGCUGGUGUCUGAUCUCCUUGAAACCAUGCAUCUCACAGGUGGAGACUUCACAAAUAUUUUCUACUUGCUGAGUUCAUUCUCAGUGGACUUUGAUCCUUCACAAUUGGAAGAUUUCUUAGAAAAGCUUUCAAGUCAGUGUGCUUCUGUAGAGGAACUGAAAGUUGCUUUCAAACCGCAGAUGGAUCCAAGACAACUGUCAAUGAUGCUAAUGUUGGCUCAGUCUAAUCCUCAGCUCUUUGCAUUAUUUGGAACAAAAGCUAACAUAAAUAAAGAAUUAGAACGCAUUGAACAAUUCUCUAAACUGCAGCAGCUAACAGCAGCUGAUUUACUCAGCAGAAAUAAAAGACACUGGAAAGAAUGGCUGGAGAAAUACAGAGCCCGUUUGCAAAAAGAAAUAGAAAGCAUUAGUGAUGCUGACACCUGGAAUACUCAUCGUGUGAAGGUCAUGAAUUCAAACAAUCCCAAAUAUAUCUUGAGAAAUUACAUUGCCCAGAAUGCCAUAGAAGCAGCUGAAAACGGGGAUUUCUCAGAGGUAAGAAAUGUACUAAAACUCUUGGAGAAUCCAUUCCAAGAAGCAGAAGGCGUCAGGGAGGUAAAGGAAGAUGCAGAAGAGGAGGGAGCAACUGCUACAGCAGCUGCUUGUGCUCAGGAGACCAGAAGCAGACUACCAUACUGCAGUAAACCUCCGCUGUGGGCUUCUGAGCUCUGUGUUACAUGA